GGAGGUAAAGCAGUGACCGUCCGCGGGUGGUGAUUGAAAGAAAUUUAAAUCCCCCGGGUUGCGCUCGACACGCAAAAGGGUGAAAUCCCUCAUUUUUUUUGUUUUCCCUUUCUUCGGUUCUUAAACGCCGUUCCGUGUUAGUAAAUGUCAGCUCGGUAGGGCGUUGGUGUUUUUUUUCUUUUUUUUUUUUUUUUUUUUUUUUUUUUUUUCUUUUUUUUUUUUUAAAGUUUGCAAGGGGGGUUGUUUUUCUCCACUGCCAGCAGUGAGAGGCCAUGGCGGUGGAAGCGCGCCCGGAGAUGGUCGGGAAGCGCUUCCUCUGCGUGAGCGGAGAGGAGCCGCCGGAGCUCGCGGAGAUCGGGCGCUGGCGGUGGCGCGCCGGCGUCAUCCGCGCGGUCUCCCACCGCAGCAACGAGGACAGGGACCUUACGGUGUACGUGGAGUUUGAUGACCUGGAGUGGGAUAAGCGUGAGUGGGUUAAGGUGUACGAGGAUUUCCAGAUCUUCCUGUUGGAGCACCAGCUCGUUUGGGCCAAGCGGAAGGACAGUGCUCAGCCUCAGGGAACAAAGAGCAAGCCAAUCCAGUGGCCGGCCCUGGCGUUCAAGCCCCUGGUGGGAAAGGCGGUCCUGGGCUCCAUCGUGGCUGUGGAGUUCUUCUCUAACAGGCAGCUGGAUUUCCUGACAGAUGAUGGCGCGUAUCAGGCGUAUCAGGAUGAAGUGGACAGCUUAAAUCCAGUUCUCAGGGACAAUCCACAGCUUCAUGAAGAAGUGAAAGCCUGGGUUAAAGAUCAAAAGGUUCAGGAAAUUUUUAUGCAAGGUCCCUAUUCAUUAAAUGGCUAUAGAGUACGAGUUUAUAGGCAAGACUCUGCGACUCAGUGGUUCACGGGCAUCAUCACCCAUCACGACCUCUUCAGCCGCACUAUGAUUGUCAUGAAUGACCAGGUACUAGAGCCUCAGAAUGUUGAUCCAUCUAUGGUACAGAUGACCUUUUUAGAUGAUGUCGUCCACUCUUUGCUGAAAGGUGAAAACAUUGGCAUUACGUCCAGACGCAGGUCUCGCUCCAGCCAGAACAGCAACACUGCCCAUCAGACCGCGGGAGGGAGACCAACCGGCACCACAGGAAGCUCUCAGGGUCACUACACACGUGCCCAGGCCAACAGUCCCCGCCCCGUGAUGAACUCAUCGGGCCCAGCACCCAAGCAGGCCACACAGCUACAGCAGCCCCUGGCUCAGCAGCAGCCCCCGGCCCACCAGCAGCACCAGCAGCCCCUACAGCACCAGCAGUCCCCCAGCCAGCAGCGUGGCUCCCGUUCAGGCCGCCGGAAGGGCUCUGACAGCAGUGUACCAGACGAUGAAAAGCCCAAGGAGGACAAGCUGGACAAUGGCACAAAGGGAGACUACUCCAAGAGUAAAGGCAAGCCCAUGGUGAAUAAAAGAAGGAAACCUGAGGACGAGGAGAAGAAAUCGGGUUCAAAAAGACUGAAGGCAGACAACAUCUCUGACUUUUCCGAGAGCAGUGACUCUGAAAACUCUAAUAAGAGAGCCAUUGACUCUUGCUCAGAGCAGAGUUCAGAGAAUGAGCUGAAAGCCAAGGGUCCAUCAAAGGCCAGUGAGGAUGAGAAACCUCUGCGGGCCAAAGGAUGCAGCGAUGAACCGACUCUGAUGGAUCGGCUGUCUCCCUGGGAGGAAACACAGGGGAAUGAAAAAACCAGCAAUGCUGAUGUAGCUCCUCCAGGGGAUCCUGCCAAGCCUCCCAGCCCCUGUGCUCCAGAGGCACAGGGCUGCAUUGUGGAGGUGAAAAGCACUGUGAAAACACUACCUAAGGAGCACUAUGGCACCACUUCACCCAGGACUGAGACGCCCAAGUGCAUGAUUGACAUCACAGAGGCGGGUGGUGUUCGGCCGGAGGCGCACUCUGCCUUGCUGGGGUCACAGAAACCUGAGACCAGGCAUUUAGCCCUGAACCCGCCAGCCUCGGAAUGCAGGAAGCCAGAGAGCGAGCAGCAGAUGGCUCGCAGCCUUGGCAGCAAAAUUGAGUUUGCCCAUUCAGAAGUCAUAAAGCCGAUCACAUCUGUCAGUGAGUCUGCAGCGGUAGCCGAGCGGGAGAAGGUCCAGCAGUACUUGUCUAUCGUGCCGUGCAUGAAGAAUGCCUCUGCUGCUGAAGAUGCAAGGAAGUCCCAUAAGCUGAGCCCCUCUCCAGAUGUCCUGAAACUCAGAGCAAACUCUUCCCCAGAAACAUUGAAGCCCAAGUGCAAUCCUUCCCCUGAUGUCGCCAAGUCGAAAAUUCAGUGCGUGCCUGAGACGACAAAACCUAAACCAAAUGCAUCUCCCGAGGUGUCUAAGCACAAAGUGAGGUACCAAGAAGGUCCAUCUUCUGGUGCUAGCCGUUCUGCAUCCAAAGCAGACUUGGAUGCACCACGUUCCAGCUUCAAGCCUGUCCCUGCUAGAGGGGCCCCUGCCGAACCCACCAAAAGCCCCCUGAUCAUUGACAAAAAUGAGCAUUUCACCAUUUAUAGGGAUCCGGCCCUUGUCCGCCCGGAGGCAGAGGCCAACCACCUUGCCUAUCUGCACCAGCACCUCCACCCACUCCAUAGUUCCUCCCACGGCUCCUGUCUGACAGCCAGCACCCAUCAUCCCCCACACCUGCUUCCUGGAUCCCCGAUGAAUGCUGUGCACCACCCCCACUUGCUCUCUGGUGUACUCCCUGGGCUCUCCCCGGCUUCACUGCUGGGGAGUCACCCCAGACUGGACUCUGGCCACCCCUUGGCCAUGGCGCAUCAUCACCCACAUCUGCCGCAGCAGCCUCCACCACCGUUGCUAGCGCAGACACAUGCCAGUGCCUCCUACAACCAGCUGGGCCUCUACCCCAUCAUCUGGCAGUACCCCAAUGGCACUCAUUCGUACCCUGGACUGGGCCUGCCUUCCUCCAAGUGGGUGCACCCAGACAAUGCUGUGAGCUCAGAGGCCAGCUUGAGGAGGAACACUCCAAGCCCCUGGCUUCAACACACCCCGGUGACCUCCACGGACAGCCUGGGCCUGCUAAGCCACGUCCCGGUGCGGCCGGCCAGUGCCGAUCCUCAUCGGCCCAUCAAGGUCAACACCCAUGCUAGCCCACCCCUGUCCAAAGCUGCCGGGGAGCUCCACAAGGAGGAGUUGGAGAAAAAAGUGUUUAUUGAUCCAAUACGAACAAUCACAACGCAUUUGAAGCAGGAGCAGGAGUGCAACAGAACCCCAACGAGCAAAGAUGGCCCCCUGCAUCGUCUAUUUGUGGACCCUCUAUCCAGUAAGCCGCAGCGAAUGGCCACAGAUGCUGGCGACCGCUCCAGCAAGUACAAAGAGGAGAACCGACGUAUCCUGCAGGAGAGCAUCGAAGUGGCACCCUUCACAGCCAAGAUUCGGUCUGGUGAGGCGGAGCGCGACCACUACUCCCGAAUCCAGUCCAUGCCUGUGCCAGCACCCAAGAGCCAUGCCCUUCAGACAGACAAGGAGGCGGAGCUGUACAAGUUCAAACACUCUGUGCCACAGAGCGCACCCCAGAGCAACUACUUCACUACGCUGUUCAACAGCGUGGUCAAUGAGCCCCCGCGGCUGUAUCCCUCCAAGGACCUCAACUCGUACUUCGAGAAGGCCAGCAGCAGCAGCAGCCCUCUGACCAUGGCACCAUUCAACAGCAAGUCCCUGUCCAAGCCCCCUCCGCUGAUCAAGCACCAGCCUGAGGGGGAGGGCCUGGCAGGCAAGAUCACAGAGCAGCUCUCUCAGCAGGUUGCUAUGCACCCCUUGAGCGUAUCCACCACUGAUCGGAGGAGCCCUGCUAUCUCCCCCUCGAACCCACUUCGCUGCAUGCCAGCACUUCACCGGGCACCUGUCUUCCACCCUCCAACCCAGCAGACUCUGGACCGCAAGGAUGGCAGCUGUGGACGGCUUUCUCCGCCCACGCUCACACCAAUUCAGCCCGUCAGCUCUGCCGGGAAGGUGUCCGAGCAGCAGAAGCCCCCAACGUUGCUUCCUGAGAUGCGGGAUGUUGGUGCUGUCUGCAAGAGCACCUCAGAGAUGACUCCAGCAGAGGCCUGGAAGACUGGGGAUUCUCAAGGCAAGGAGAAGACUGGCUGGUCCUUGGUGAAAGGCAGUGGGAAGCCACAGGCAGCUAUGGCGUCUGUUAUUGUACGCCCAUCUACGUGCAUAAAAUAUGACUGUGUGCCAGGUCCUAAAACGGCAGCCAAGGAAAUGGUCACGGAGCGAUCGUUUGCAGGCAAGAACCAGACAGACUGCCUCAAACUGGCUGAGGCCAGGGAGCCUGGGCGGGUGAUCCUGCCAAACAACCUAGAGGACGUUUGCUCUGAGUACAAGAAGAACUUUGUGAGGCCAUCCCAGGGAAGCUUUCCCAGCUGCGUGGCAGGAUCCAACACCACCAAGGCCGACGCUGCUGCUGCGCCCCCAGCUGCUGCCAGCAUCUUUAGCCCCAGAGCAGAUAGCCAAGCUCCAACACCCAGGACAGAGAAUGUGGGUCCCAAGGGUAGAAUACAUGAGCCUGCAGAGCUGCAGGAUGGCAGGUCGAAGACCACUUCACCCAAUUCAGCACCGAACGAUGGCUCUCGGACCACAGGCAGUGCUCCUCUAGCCGAUGGGUGCCAGGCCUUCUCUGGCAACUUUGUCCACCUGAAAAAGCACAAAGCAGCACUGGCUGCAGCCAGAUCCAGGAGCAGCAACAACAGCAGUGGUGGCCUGGAGGCUACACCAUGCCCGACAGCUGCCCCACAAGACAGCACCGUGCCCGGCAACACACUAAACAAAACGAGCUCCCUGGUGAAUGGGCAGCCUGCACAGUUGAGCCAGCCCAACUACCACAAGCUGAAGAAGGCCUGGCUCUACAGGCACUCAGAGGAAGACCGGAACACUAAUGAGGCUGAGAAGCCUGGUGCUACCAUGGCUGAAAUCAUCAAGCCCUGCACUGUGAGCCUGGUUGCAUCCACAUCCACUGAGGUGGAUAUCGGGAAAGAUAACAGAGGGCAGCUGGAGGACCGCACGUCACAGGAAGACCGGAAGACACGAAGGGGGACCAAACGAUCAUACGAAUCGGGCUCAGAGAGUGGCGACGACUCAGAUGGAAGUGAGAGCAAAUCUGAACAGAGGUCCAAGCGGCAGCCCAAGCCAACAUAUAAGAAAAAGCAGAACGACAUGCAGAAGAAGAAGGGUGACAGUGAAAGGGAUGAGGACGAAGUGAAGCCCAACGGCAUUUUUAGAAGCGCCAGGGAGAAGACCAAGCUCAAGCUGGCAAGCAGCAAUGGGAUCCCCCGCUCUGUGCUGAAGGACUGGCGCAAGGUGAAGAAACUGAAGCAAACAGGCGAGUCCUUCCUGCAGGACGACUCAUGCUCGGAGAUCGGUCCAAACCUGCAGAAAUGCCGGGAGUGCAGGGUGGUUCGCAGCAGGAAAGGCGAGGAGCCCGCCCACUCGCCUGUCUUCUGCCGCUUCUACCAUUUCCGUCGUCUCUCCUACAGCAAAAAUGGAGUGAUCCGGAUAGAUGGCUUCUCGUCCCCAGAUCAGUAUGAUGACGAAGCGAUCAGCCUCUGGGUACCGGACAUGUAUGAGGACAGUGAGCUUGAUCUGGAGACCUCAAAGUACAUUCUGAGCUACAUUGGGGACAAGUUCUGUCAGCUCGUCAAGACUGAAAAUAAUGCUGCCUCCUGGAUAAAAAAAGAUGCCAAGAUGGCGUGGAAGAGGGCAGUGCGAGGUGUGCGGGAGAUGUGUGACGCAUGCGAGGCCACUCUUUUCAACAUUCACUGGGUGUGUCAGAAGUGUGGCUUCGUUGUCUGCCUGGACUGCUACAAAGCCAAGGAAAGGAAAAGCUCUAAAGACAAAGAGCUGUAUGCCUGGCUGAAGUGUGUCAAGGGACAGCCGCAUGAUCACAAGCACCUGAUGCCAACACAGAUUAUUCCUGGAACUGUUCUGACUGACCUGGUGAACACCAUGCACGUGCUCAGGGAGAAAUACGGCAUCAAGGCGCACUGCACGUGUGUUGGGAAGCACAACUCGCUCCUCACCAAGUUGCCGUCCACCAAUGGAGUGUCACAGGUACUGCAGAAUGUCCUCAACCAUAGCAACAAGAUCUCCCUGUGCAAGCCAGAUACCUUUCAAAAUCCAUCCCAGAAAGUGGAGGCCAAUGGUGGCGACAGCCCUUCCAGCAACACAAGCGCAGACGGCAAGCCCAGUCCGCCCGAAUCUCAGUCCCCGCUGCACUUCCUGGCUGACCUUGCUGAGCAGAAGUCCCGAGAGGAGAAGAAAGAAAACAAGGAGUCUCCCCUAGGCAAGGCGCUGAAGGAGGAGAAGGAACACAGUGAAAGCCUUGAGAGUCUGCACUGCCGAUCCUCUACCAUGGUUUCCAACUGUACGGAACAGGGCUCUACUCUGCGUGACCUGCUCACUACCACGGCGGGAAAGCUUCGUCUGGGCUCUACCGAUGCCGGCAUUGCCUUCGCUCCCGUCUACUCAACUGCCUCGCAGACUGGCAAAAGUGGCCGUAGCAUGCCCAACAUCCUAGAUGACAUCAUUGCCUCUGUGGUGGAGAACAAGAUCCCAGCUAGCCGCUCAGCCAAGCAGGGCCUGAAGGAGGAGGUGGGUGAAGAGGCCCGGGGAGAUCGCAAGAAGCCUGGUGCUGGAGAACCUACCCGGUCUCAUGCUGACAUACCCCACACUUGGUUAUAUGAGCGCCGGCUGCUCUGGCUCAAGGACCACCGCAAUGCCAACAACUGGAAGCUCUUCAGAGAGUGCUGGAGACAGGGGCAGCCUGUUUUGGUGUCAGGGGUACACAAGAAGUUGAACAGCAAUUUAUGGAAGGCAGAAUCCUUUAACCAGGAAUUUGCAGACCAUCAAGGAGACCUUUUAAACUGCAAGGAUGGUGUGGUUUCCAACUCUGGCAUCAAGGAAUUCUGGGAUGGCUUUGAGGACUUGACCAAACGGCCAAAGUCCAAAGAUGGGGACACCGUGGUCUAUAGGCUCAAGGAUUGGCCAUCGGGAGAGGAGUUCAUGGCCCUCAUGCCUUCACGGUAUGACGACCUCAUGAAAAAUCUCCCCCUUCCUGAGUACUCGGACCCUGAGGGGAACCUCAACCUGGCCUCCCAUCUGCCCACCUUUUUCGUGCGGCCAGACCUAGGCCCACGUCUGUGCUGUGCAUACGGUGUUGCUGCCUCCCAAGAGCAAGAUUUUGGAACAGCCAAUCUUCACCUGGAGGUGUCUGACAUCAUGAGUGUCCUGGUCUAUGUGGGUGUAGCCAAAGGAAAUGGAGUCCUCUCAAAAACAGGUGUAUUGAAGAGGCUGGAGGAAGAGGAUCUGGAUGAAAAUCUGAAGAAGAGAUUGAAAGACUCCAGUGAAACUCCGGGAGCCUUGUGGCACAUCUAUGGGAGCAAAGAUGUGGAGAAAAUUAAAGAGUUCCUCUACAAGGUUGCCAAGGAGCAGGGCGUUGAGGUGCCACCUGAGCAGGACCCAAUACGCGAGCCUGGAUGGUACCUGAACCGGAAGCUGCGUCAGCGGCUGCUGGAGGAGCAGGGUGUCCAGGGCUGGACGGUGGUUCAGUUCCUAGGCGAUUCCAUUCUCAUCCCUGCAGGGGCGCUGCAUCAGGUGCAGAACCUCCACAGCUGUGUCCAGGUGAUCAAUGACUUUGUCUCUCCGGAACACGUGGUGCACUCAUUUCAUCUAACGCAGGAACUGAGGUCAUCCAAAGAAGAUAUUAACUAUGAAGAUAAGCUACAGGUCAAGAACAUCUUCUAUCACUGUGUGAAGAAUGCGGUGGGAACACUGAAGAGGUGCUGUGCCGAGGAGCUGGAUGAAGAGAACUCAUGACACUGUCCUUUCGCCGCUGCCGCUCACACGUUCAUCAUGUAACAUGAAAUAUGCACACUAACCUUUGCAUCACGAACCUCCAGUGCCAAGCAGAGUUAAAGGUAUUUAUUUGUUACUGACACCAUAGCAGUAUAGUCCAGAGCAUCAGGUAACUGUGAUUCAAUGCAAGUCUGAAGAUAAUCCGCAAGUCAGCAGCUUUGCUGUUCCCUCUGGUGUUUUUGUUUUAUUUCAUAAUGUAUAUUGUUUUGGUGAAAUUAACAAUGUAUUUAUUUUUUAAGAGUUCUAUGCUAUGUUAUAGAUCAAAUGUAAAUGUGACCUGUACAGUUUGCUAAGUCAAUUGCGAUACCGUUCACUACAUUGAGACAGUUACUGUGAGAGAGGAUACAGACACCAGCUAUUGCCUGUUCUUGGGAAUUUUUGCUGAAUUGCAGUCCUCAUGCCAUAUCUUUUUGACAAUUAACUGCCAAACUGUUGUAAACAAUGUAAAGU